CGGCGCGGGGUGCGGGCGCGGCGCUGGCUGCGCGCCCGAGCCAAUUUUCUAGACAACAUGCCCUUGCGAAGUUCUGGCAAGUUGAGCAUGGAGACCAGAAAAGAAGAUGGUGAGAGCACAGCACCUGCCCCUCCGCAGAAGAAGCUGUCCUGUCAGUGCCACCACCACUGUCCUGAGGACUCAGUCAACAGCACCUGCAGCACUGAUGGCUACUGCUUCACCAUAAUAGAAGAAGAUGAGUCUGGUGGACAUUUAGUCACCAAGGGAUGUCUUGGGUUAGAGGGCUCGGACUUCCAAUGUCGGGACACUCCUAUUCCACACCAAAGAAGAUCUAUCGAAUGUUGCACAGGCCAAGAUUACUGUAAUAAACACCUUCACCCUACGCUGCCACCGCUGAAAAAUCGAGACUUUGCUGAAGGAAACAUUCACCAUAAGGCCCUGCUGAUCUCGGUCACUGUUUGCAGUAUACUUCUGGUUCUUAUCAUCAUAUUCUGCUACUUCAGAUACAAACGCCAAGAGACCAGGCCCCGCUACAGCAUCGGGCUGGAGCAGGAUGAGACCUACAUUCCCCCUGGAGAGUCCCUGAAGGAUUUGAUCGAGCAGUCCCAGAGCUCGGGGAGUGGCUCUGGGCUCCCUCUUCUGGUUCAGAGGACCAUCGCAAAACAGAUUCAGAUGGUAAAGCAGAUUGGAAAAGGUCGUUAUGGAGAAGUCUGGAUGGGAAAGUGGCGUGGCGAAAAGGUAGCUGUGAAAGUGUUUUUUACCACGGAGGAGGCCAGCUGGUUCAGAGAAACAGAAAUCUACCAAACUGUCCUGAUGAGACAUGAAAAUAUUCUUGGAUUCAUUGCCGCAGACAUUAAAGGUACAGGCUCUUGGACCCAGCUGUAUCUCAUCACUGACUACCAUGAGAACGGCUCGCUUUAUGAUUAUCUAAAAUCUACUACCUUGGACACAAAAUCCAUGCUAAAACUGGCUUACUCCUCCGUUAGUGGCUUGUGCCACCUGCACACGGAGAUCUUCAGUACUCAGGGCAAACCCGCUAUUGCCCACCGUGACCUAAAAAGCAAGAAUAUCCUGGUGAAAAAGAACGGUACCUGCUGUAUAGCAGAUUUGGGCUUGGCUGUUAAAUUCAUCAGUGACACAAACGAGGUAGACAUACCUCCAAAUACCCGCGUAGGAACAAAACGCUAUAUGCCGCCUGAGGUGCUGGAUGAAAGCUUGAAUAGAAAUCACUUUCAGUCGUACAUCAUGGCUGAUAUGUACAGUUUUGGACUCAUCCUUUGGGAGAUAGCAAGGAGAUGUGUUUCGGGAGGAAUAGUUGAGGAAUACCAGCUUCCAUACCAUGACCUCGUGCCCAGCGACCCCUCGUACGAGGACAUGCGGGAGAUUGUGUGCAUCAAGAGACUACGCCCUUCAUUUCCCAACAGAUGGAGCAGUGAUGAGUGCCUACGGCAGAUGGGGAAGCUGAUGAUGGAGUGCUGGGCUCACAACCCCGCCUCUCGGCUCACAGCCCUGCGGGUCAAGAAAACACUUGCCAAAAUGUCAGAGUCGCAGGACAUUAAACUCUGACUCGGCCAGAGGCAGCUCUCGUGAAGGCCCAUGGAAGUGGACUUUCUCGUGCAGGCAGAAGUCCUGAAGAGGUAUCGAAAGUCUUCACAUUCACUGAGUGCAGUCAUGCUUAAAAGCAGCUGUAAGUUUGUUUGACAGAUUUUGAGGAGACUAUCCUUUGCAAAAAUCAGCUGAAUUCUGACAUACAAGAUUGAAAGAGGCUUGUCUGCCCUUGUUUACACGGGGAAAUACAGUUUUAGUGACUGGUUUGAGAUUAUGCAUGUUGCUUUCCAUGAAAGCCACUUAUUAUUUUAUUAUUAUUAUUGUUAUUAUUAUUAUUUUGAUUGUUUAAAAAGAUACU